AUGAGCACCAUGGCCAUCAGUGAUAGCACCACUCGGCUAGAGGCUACCCUCUUGGCCUUCAAAAAGGUCAUUGAUUCAUACACAACACCUCAUGGAACCACCCUCUCUCGACACUUCACCUCCCACGUUCUCAACCCUCAAAUUGUCUACCUCACAGCCUGUCGGCCCAUGUGCUUCUCCAUGGGCAACGCUAUCAGGUGGCUUAAGCUUCAGAUCAGCAAGAUUGAUAUCGACAUGGCCGACUCUGACGCCAAAAAGCUGCUGUGUGAAGCCAUCGACAGCUUCAUCCACGAGCGCAUCACCCUGGCUGAUCUCGUCAUUGUCAAUACGGCAGCCGACAUGAUUGCCGAAGACGACGUCAUCCUCACAUAUGCGCACCACCACCUCGUAGAGAGGGCCCUCCUCAAAGCCAAGGCCAACGGCAAGCGAUUCAAAGUCAUCCUCGUCGACGACCCGUUUGAGAGAGUCGGUCUCGGCCACGUCAAGAAGCUGACUGCUGCCGGCAUCCCCGUCAUCUACUCACCCGACUUUGGCGCCCUGCGCACCAACCUUCAGGAGUCGACUACUGUUCUCGUCGCUGCAGAGGCCAUGUUUAGCAACGGAGCCAUGUACGCGCGAGCAGGCACUUGCGACGUCGCAACGGCUGCCUUUGACUUGGGCAUGCGGGUGACUUCGCUGUGCGAGACGAUCAAUUUCACGGAGCGUGUGUCGAUAGAUUCGCUCACGUACAAUGAGAUUGAUCCAGAGAGGAACACGGAUGAGGAGUUUAGGCUGCUGUUUGACACGACAAGGGAUAAGUCUAUUUCGGCUGUGGUGACGGAGCUGGGUAUCUGUUCAGCCAAGUCUGUGCCUGCAAUUUUGCGAAAACUGGAGGAACUGUAA